AUGUCUCGCGUUCUGGAGGGAAAAGGAGCGAUUGUUACUGGUGGAUCUCGAGGAAUCGGUGCUGAGAUAGCUCGAGAACUCGCCAAACAAGGAGCUUCCGUCCUCAUCACAUAUGCUAGGUCUUCCCAAGCCGCGGAAGAAGUAGUCAACGAGAUCAACCAGAUCAAAUCCAACCCCAACGCCAAAGCAAAGGCUAUCAAAGCAGACGCUGCGGACGCACAGAAAGCCGCAGAGACAACAAUCGCCGAAGCAGCUUCGUUGUUCGACGGCGGCGUAGAUAUUAUUGUCAACAACGCUGCGAACGGCGAAGAUCUGGAAUUGAAGGAUGUGACAACGAAGACGUUCGAGGAAUGCUUUAUUCCCAAUGUCCUCUACCCACUUCUACUUGUGAAGCUCAGCAAGCCUGUGUUGAGGAAGAAGGCCCGGAUCGUGAAUCUCAGUUCAGUUGCUGCCAGAUCUCCAUACCCUAUCGGAAUCAUGUAUGGGGCCGCCAAGGCCGCUCUCGAAAGUGUAACGAAGAGUUUGGCCAAGGAGCUCGGCCACGAGUACGAAGCGACCGUCAACGCUGUCAAUCCUGGUCCGGUCAGAACAGAAAUGUGGUCUGAAGUACCGGGUGCAGAAGAGCUGGAAGGUGUGUUGGCUGACCCAACUCCUGCAUCACCGCGAAUUGGUGAGGUUAUGGAUAUCGCCCCCAUUGUUGCAUUUUUGUGCCAAGAGCAGUCGAGGUGGGUAACAGCAAGCGUCGUCAACGCCAAUGGCGGUCUUCUUCCCACAUAA